GCAAGCUUGGCAGACGUCGGCUGGAAGCUGCUGGAGUUUAAAGCCAGAUCUAAACGUUCAGAGUUUCAGUAGUGCUGUAGUGGGUAGAGGAUCGCACUAGUAUUCCAUUAACGAAAACAUGGCCGGCACUGCCAGAGAGCGCUCCAGAUCCAGACACAAACUCAACAGACACGACAGGAGAGGAAGCUGGAGGUGUCAUGAUGAGGUGAAGAUGCUGAGAUUCUCAAUAAGACUGAAGAGGACGGACAGGAUUAGGAAAGGGGACAGAUUGAGAUGGACUGAGCAUGUGCAGAGGAGGGGCUCCAUCUAUGAACCGCUCAAGCUGUCCAUCCUGCACAGAGAGGACGAGCCUCUGUGGGAGAUACUGGACCGCUUCUACAGCGCAGUGAAAUGCACGAUUCUGAACUACCAGAGUCCCACCACGGGUCUGUUCCCGGUCAAAACCUGCUCAGAAUGUAAAGAAGCCAAAGUGCGAGAUUCACUUUACUGUGCAGCCAGCGCCUGGGCUCUGGCCCUCGCUUACAGACGGAUUGAUGAUGACAUGGGUCGCACACACGAGCUGGAACAUUCGGCUAUUAAAUGCUUGCGGGGGAUUCUGUACUGCUACAUGCGGCAGGCUGAUAAGGUGGAGAAGUUCAAGCAGGAUCCGAGUCCGUACACGUGUCUGCACUCUGUGUUUAACGUCCACACAGGAGACGAGAUCUAUACCUACGAUCAUUACAGUCACCUACAGAUCGAUGCCGUGUCUCUUUUCCUGCUCUACCUCGUGGAGAUGAUCUGCUCCGGUCUCCAGAUCAUCUACAACACCGACGAGGUGUCGUUUAUCCAGAACCUGGUGUUCUGUGUGGAGAGGGCCUACCGCGUCCCAGAUUUCGGCAUGUGGGAGAGAGGCAGUAAAUACAACAAUGGCAGCACGGAGCUGCACUCCAGUUCUGUGGGACUCGCCAAGGCGGCACUCGAGGCCAUCAACGGGUUCAACCUGUUCGGGAACCAGGGAUGCUCCUGGUCGGUGAUUUUUGUGGAUCUUGAUGCCCAUAAUCGUAACAGACAGACGAUGUGUUCUCUCCUGCCCCGCGAGUCCCGCUCUCACAACACAGACGCCGCCCUCCUGCCCUGCAUCAGCUACCCCGCGUUCGCUGUGGACGACGACGCGCUGUGCAGCCAGACGCUGGACAAGAUCGUCCGCAAGCUGAAGGGCAAAUACGGCUUCAAACGCUUCUUACGGGACGGGUACAGGACCGCCAACGAGGACAAGAACCGCCAGCACUACAGACCUGCAGAGAUGAAGCUUUUCGACGGAAUCGAGUGCGAGUUUCCCAUCUUUUUCGUUUACAUGAUGAUCGACGGUGUGUUCAGGGGGAACCAGGCUCAGGUGAAGGAGUACCAGGACCUGUUGCAGAACGUCAUCUUCCAGUCCUAUGAAGGCCACGUCGUCAUCCCGAAGUACUACCACGUUCCUGCAGACUUCGUGGAUGCCGAGCAGAAGAAUCACGGCAGCCAGAAGCGUUUCCCGAGCAACUCUGGCCGAGAUGGGAUGCUGUUCCUGUGGGGUCAGGCUCUGUAUAACAUCGCCAAGCUGCUCGUGGACGGUCUGAUCAGCCCUAAAGACAUCGACCCCAUCAAGCGCUACGUACCCAGUCAGGACCAGAGGAACGUCAGCAUGAGGUUCUCCAAUCAGGGCCCCAUCGAGAACGACGUGGUGAUCCAUGUGGCGCUCAUAGCCGAGAGUCAGAGACUCCAGGUUUUUCUGAACACGUACGGGAUCCAGACUCAAACCCCUCAGCAGGUGGAGCCCAUUCAGAUUUGGCCUCAGAAGGAGCUCGUUAAGGCGUAUCGUUUCCUGGCUGUUAAUACGAAGCUUGGUCUCACUGGACGUCCUGAUAGGCCGGUGGGCUGCAUCGGCACUUGUAAGAUUUACCGAAUUCUGGGUAAAACCGUGGUGUGCUACCCCAUCGUGUUUGAUCUGAGCGAUUUCUACCUGUCUCAGGAUGUCAUGCUGCUCAUCGAUGAUAUCAAGAACGCCCUGCAGUUCAUCAAGCAGUGCUGGAAGAUGUCCGGCCGCCCACUUUUCCUGGUCCUCAUCAGAGAGGACAACAUCAGGGGGAGCCGAUUUAACCCCGUCCUGGACAUGCUGGCUUCAUUCAAGAAGGGGAACAUCGGAGGGGUCAAGGUUCACGUGGACAGACUGCAGACCCUGAUCUCCGGAGCUGUGGUGGAGCAGUUGGAUUUCCUGCGGGUCAACGAGGCAGAGAUCCCCGAGUUUAAGAGCUUCGAGGAGCUGGAGCUGCCCAAGCACUCGAAGGUGAAGCGGCAGACGAGCACGCCCAACGCCUCGGACCUCGAGCAGCAGCCUGAGAUCAACGUGGAGGAGUGGAGGAACAAGCCCACGCCCGAGAUCCUGCAGAAGUUUCACGACUGCGGGUGCCUCGCCAGCCAAGCUCAGCUCGCCAGUCUGCUCCUGAAGAAAGAAGGUCCAGACUUCUUCAGCCGAGACGAGAAUCUGAGGGACGAUUUGGAACGGAUCUACAGGAGAGCCGGGAGCAGGAAACUCUGGACGGUGGUGCGUGGCGUAGCAGCCGCUAUGCAGAAGUUCGCUGGUUCUAUAGCCCCUCAUAUAACCAGCGUGUUGGUCCACGGUAAACAGGUGACUCUGGGACUCUUCGGGCAAGAGGAGGAGGUGAUCUCUAACCCGCUGUCGCCGGCCGUCAUUAAGGACAUCAUUUACAGGAAGUGCAGUCCGCACGGCGAGCGCGAGGCCGUCCUGCAGCAGGAGCUGGUCAUCCAUAUCGGCUGGAUCAUCUCCAACAGCCCUGAACUGUUCAGCGGGAUGCUCAAGAUCCGCAUGGGGUGGAUUGUUCAGGCCAUGAAACAUGAGUUGAAGAUCCGUGCUGGUGACCUGCGACCUCAGGACAUCUACCAAAUGUCCCCGAGUGAUGUCAAACAGCUGCUGCUGGACGUUCUUCAACCUCAGCAGACUGGCAGGUCGUGGCUGAAUCGGCGUCAGAUCGAUGGCUCUCUGAACCGUACGCCUUUCGGGUUCUACGAUCGUGUCUGGCAGAUCCUUGAGAGGACCAGUAACGGCAUCGUGGUCGCCGGGCUUCACCUUCCUCAGCAACCCACUCUGUCUGACAUGACCAUGUAUGAGAUGAACUUCUCUCUGCUGGUGGAGGACACGCUGAAGAACAUCGUACUGCCUGAAUACAGGCAGAUCAUAGUAGAGCUGCUGAUGGUCGUGUCUCUGGUGCUGGAGAGGAACCCGGAGCUGGAGUUUCAGGAGAAGGUGGAUCUGGACGGGCUGGUCAAGGAUGCCUUCACUGAUUUCCAGAGAGAUUCAUCCAAAGGGGAUUCAGCUCACAGCCCGAAGGACAUGGAGACAUUCUAUAACACGCCCCCGCUGGGGAAGAGAGGAACCUCCAGUUACCUGACUAAAGCCGUGAUGAUCCAGCUGUUGCAGGGCGAAGUGAAACCCAGCAAGGACGACCCCUGCUCCGUCAGCUAAACGCAUCUCACAUGUUCCUCUUUCCUCCGUAUCCUCGUCCGGAUCACGAUUUAAAGCUGCCACUGAUUUUUAUGCUUUUAAACUCUAGUGUUGGAUUUGUUUUAACACCCACUGCUUCAUUUAACCCCGUGACACCUUCAUCCCACGCUUACAUGCUUACAUGCCUAUGUUCCUGGAUUCUCUGGUGUACGGAAGCUUAUUUUUAACCACGUUAGCAUUUCAUUUAUCGAUUUUAGCACGACGGUUCUGUUGCCGUGUAGCAUACUGGUUUAUAAAUAAUGUAAACAGAAAUCUGCAGUUUUACAGUGAUGAAAUACGGUGUUACGCUAUACCAUAAUACUUAUUAUAAGUUGUACACUAUUGCUCUAUUCAGCACAAACAUUACCAGCUAAAAAGUCACCAGAAUAGAUUUUUACUGGUCACUAGUGGGUGUUUCGGACACCAGAUUUGUUUCUUCAUGUGUAGCUUCAUGAAUACGGUUUACAGCCACGGCAAAGGCGCCUAAACAUUAUUUUAAUUAUUUAAGACAAGUUCAUGUGUCAGAUUUCCUCGUUGUUUUUAUUUUCGACCUUGAUUGUUUGUUUGAAGCUCAGCUUGACGUUUUCUUCACCUUGUUAUGUCAGUGUCUCCGCCAACGUUCGCCUCCUUUCCCUGCACAUCACCAGCUCGCGUCGAAAACGAGCGACCUCCAGCCACAGGUUGCGUCUUUGCCGGCGUGAACCCUGGUUUUGUAUUAAAUGGUACGUCCAGUAUGUUUGGGAGGAGGCUGCAGCUAUCUGGGUAGCGUCCAUCCCCAUUGAAGCUGCACACGCAUGACUGAGGCCUCUGAGGCUCCUUUUUUUGUGCGGUUAUAGACGCAACGUCAUUGUUUACCCCUCCGAUGCUCCAUUGUUCCGCUAGCUGAAGUCAAUAUUAAUAAAAUAUCAAUGAACAAAUCGAUGAUAGCAUCUGACGAUAGCGUGAACUGUUUACUGAUUCACGUCAGCGUAGGAAUAAUCUCACUCACACUGAAAAUCAAAACGUCGGACUGCUGCGUGAACCUGCGUGAGUUUUUAAAUGUGCUCGUUUGUCCGAUUGUCCUGCAUGGUGUUUUAUUUGUGGAAAAUAAAGGAUGGACUGUU